AUGAAUAAUUUUAAGAUCUAUCUAUCAGAAAUUUUCGAUUAAGUUUUGGAUGUUGACGAAUAAAUAUAUUGUUUGAUAAUUUAAAAGAUGAGAAAAGAAAAAAUUUCAGAUUGCAUAGAAUUCCUUUCAAAACUUGAUACUCAAAAACUAUUAGAAGAAUAACUAAAAAUGUCUAAGGAGAUUUAGCUAGGAAAAAAUAGCUUUAACAAAAUAAUAAAUAUUAUCAAAUUAAUACAACAUCAUUACUUUAAUAAAUAUAAUUAUUCCGAAGAAAUCUACAUAGAAAUCAAAGAAGAUCUAAUUAAAAAAACAUCACAAAAUAAAAAGAUCAUUCAAUUUUUUUAAUUUUUAGUUCUACUCGCCGCCAUUGAUAACAAUUUUAUAUAAUGUGGGUCAAAUUCAUUAAAUUUUUUAGUUUAGAUGAAGGUUGAUCUUACAAACUAAAAUUUUGAAAAUAUUAAUAUCCAGAAUACUUCUUUGGUGGGAGCUAAUUUUGUGGGAUGCAAUUUGAAUUAAUUGUAAUUUGAGAAUGUAGACAUAAGUGGUAUAAAUUUGAAUGGAGCAUAACUUUUUAAUUGUGGUUGGAAAAACUUAAUAAGAUUAUUUUUUUCAAAUCAUCACAAAAAAUCUUUUAAAAAAUGA